AAACCUAAACGAAAUUUAUUAAAGUUUUAAACGUUUUAAGCUUUUAUUAUUAAUAGCGAAUGUAAAAAGUGACAAAAAUGUUAGUCAAAUGAAAAAAUUUUAAAACGUUCUUAAAUCUAUCAAAAUUCAAUUCGUAGCUUAGCUCUCAACUUAACCUACUAGGAUUAGUGUUGAAAAUGUUUUGUAACGCCCUCGUACAUUACUCAUAGUAUAACCUAUUUGUACACGUAUUCCUUUCGAUAUGUCCGAAACAAAUAGAAGUUUUCCAAACAUUUUAAUAACGGGUACACCUGGGGUGGGGAAAAGUUCACUGUCUCGUAUUUUAUGUGAGAAGACAGGAUUAACUUACAUUGACGUUAGUAAUUUAGCUAUUGAAAAAGGUUGCCUGGAGGAUUUUGAUGAAUUAUAUGACUGUCCUAUUUUAGACGAGGAAAAGUUAUUGGAUGAAAUGGAAGAGCUUAUAUCUGAAGGUGGAGUAGUAGCUGAUUAUCAUGGGUGUGACUUUUUCCCUGAUGACUGGUUUGAUGCUGUUUUUGUCUUAAGAACAAACAAUACUCUUCUGUAUAGUCGCUUAGAGAGAAGGGGUUAUACAGGAAAGAAGUUAGAAGAUAAUAUACAAUGUGAAAUAUUUGAAACCAUUCUUCAGUUGGCAAGAAUAACUUUUACUGAUGGAAAGGUAUUCGAAUUGAAAAGCGAUAACAUACAUCAAAUACCAGACAAUAUAAGCAAAAUUCGUCAAUGGAUCGAUAAGUGGAAAUUGGAUAAUCAAGAAGAAUAAUUUAUCUCUAUAAGUCUUGUCAUUUUAUUUUUUAUACAAUAGUGCCUGUAUUAUACUAUUCCAAUGCGUAUUGUUCUACAAUAUCGUUCGGUACAAAAAAAUGAACAGAGGAUAAUAAUGUAAUAUUUGGAUUUUAGGUCAGAUAUUAGUAAAUAAAGAUUUAAAUGCAGAAUAAA